CCCUGCGGCCGCUGGUGCGUUUCCGCGGACCGAGAGCCAUGGCGGAGACGGAAGCGAGCUUGCUGCGCCAGUUCCCACUGCUUCUACCCCAGAACCGGGCGAAAACCGUGUAUGAAGGAUUCAUUUCAGCUCAGCUCUCUAAAAGGACUUGAUGUGGGGGCCCCAGGGUGGAAACCACUGGAGCCCCAGGGUGGAAGACACUGGAAAGUGGUUUAAAUUUUUCUUCUUAGAGGGAAGAGAUUUCCAUCUUAAAAUAUUGCUGCCCAAAGAUUUACAACUGAGGAAUGCAAGAUUACUAUGUAGUUGGCAGCUGAAAGCAAUACUUAAUGGAUAUCAUCAUGUAGUGCAACAGAGAAUGCAGCACUCUCCUGAUCUAACGAGCUUUUUAGUGGAGUUGAAGAUGGUUUUGGAAGUUGCUUUAAAGAAUAAAAAAGAGCUGUAUGUACUACCUCCUCCUCCCCAGUUCUACUCAAGCCUUAUUGAAGAGAUAGGAACUCUUGGUUGGGAUAAGCUUGUGUAUGUGGAUACUUGCUUUAGUACCAUCAAGUUAAAAGCCGAAGAUGCUUCUGGUAGAGAGCAUCUCAUCACUGUCAAGUUGAAGGCGAAGUACCCUGCAGAAUCACCAGAUUGUAUUGUGGAUUUUCCUGUUUCGUUUUCUGUUUCCUGGACACCACAGAGCUCCUUAAUAAGCAUUCAUAGUCAGUUUUUGGCAGCACUGGAAUCACUGAAGGCAUUCUGGGAUGUUAUGGAUGAAAUUGAUGAGAAGACUUGGGUACUUGAGCCGGAAAAACCUACAAGGAGUGCUACAGCACGCAGAAUUGCAUUAGGGACUAAUGCUUCGAUAAAUAUAGAAGUAGACCCCAGGCAUCCUACUAUGCUUCCUGAGUGCUGUUUUCUUGGAGCUGACCAUGUGGUAAAACCCCUGGGAAUUAGGCUGAGCAGAAACAUACAUUUGUGGGAUCCAGAAAAUAGUCUGUUACAAAAUUUGAAAGAUGUUUUAGAAAUUGAUUUUCCAGCUCGUGCUAUCCUGGAAAAAUCUGAUUUUUCUAUGGAUUGUGGAAUUUGUUAUGCCUACCAACUUGACGGUGCCAUUCCUGAUCAAGUGUGUGAUAAUUCACAGUGUGGACAGCCUUUCCAUCAAAUAUGUUUAUAUGAGUGGCUGAGAGGACUACUGACUAGUAGACAGAGUUUUAACGUCAUAUUUGGUGAAUGUCCAUAUUGUAGUAAGCCACUUACCUUGAAAAUGUCUGGGAGAAAAGCCUGAAAUAAGAAUGCAACAUUUCUGUGAAGAACUGGAAACUUAAAUUAGCAAAAGGAUUUUAUUUGAUAUCUUUAGAGAAAAUAUAAAGCAAGACAUACUAAUAUCAAAAGAAGAAGAAUAGUGAAGCCAUAAUAAUAUACAUCUGCCUUUAUCUCUUCACUAAGAGUAAACUGGGAAAUUGUAAGCCAAAAUCCUGUAGAAGUGUCUAAUUCUGUGACCUCCAUACCAGUUGUAGAAGUGGACGUGUAGCAAGAUGGAGAGCUUGACUUGUUGAACAUAUCUGGACUGGUAAAAUCUUGAUGGGGUUCAUAAAAUGAAUUAGGGAACUGUAUACAGCUGGAUUUUUGUGGAGAACUUUUUACUCCAUUCAGAAAUUCUUGCGACUCGCAGUAUUUUUGUCUUCUCCUUGUGCUUUCCUAUGAGAAAAUACAUAUGUGUUUGUUAGGUUUGAGUUAUCCAAGUGUUUAUUUUGUGUACUCUAUAAGAAUGCUAAAUAAAAUUUGUUACACAAGAUCAA